CUCGGAUGCUGACAGACUAAAGUUUUGACGGCUUGCAUCCAUAAGGAGCCGUUCUCAUCACAGGAAUGAUGCGGAAUCAAAAACACUUUGGGAUUCUAUACCUUGGAUUUUUUGUAUGGACAUCGUUUUGUAUUAAAUAUUCAUUACAGGGUGAAUAUCAGAGAAAGUUGUAUAAGGAAUUGUUGGAGAAUUACAACAGAUUGGAAAGGCCUGUGCUGAAUGACUCUGCACCUAUUGUGGUGGAACUGGGGCUCACACUACUUCAGAUUAUAGAUGUGGAUGAAAAAAAUCAGGUAUUAAUAACCAACGCCUGGCUACAGCUGUCCUGGACAGAUAUCUAUUUGAGCUGGAACCCUGAUAACUACCCUGGUGUUCAGACCCUGCGUUUCCCAUCCAAUCAGAUCUGGACACCGGAUAUUCUACUUUAUAACAGUGCUGAUGAAAGAUUUGAUGCCACCUUCCAUACAAACGUCCUGGUUAAUGCAUCAGGUGCAUGCCAGUACAUACCGCCAGGUAUCCUAAAGAGCACAUGUUAUAUAGAUGUACGUUGGUUUCCAUUCGAUAUACAAAAAUGUGACCUCAAGUUCGGUUCCUGGACUUAUAAUGGAUGGCUGCUGGAUCUACAGAUGCAAGCGGUGGACAUAUCAUCAUACAUCCCCAAUGGAGAGUGGGAUUUAGUGGCUGUCCCUGGGAAGCGAAAUGAGCUGUAUUAUGAAUGCUGUAAAGAGCCGUACCCUGACGUGACAUUUACAGUAACUAUGCGCAGAAGAACGCUGUACUACGGGCUGAACCUGCUUAUUCCCUGUGUGCUCAUCUCUGGUCUGGCUCUGCUAGUCUUUCUGCUGCCUGCCGAUUCUGGAGAGAAGAUAUCGCUGGGGAUUACUGUCCUCUUGUCAUUAACUGUGUUCAUGUUACUGGUGGCUGAGAUCAUGCCAGCCACUUCUGACUCAGUUCCUCUCAUAGCUCAGUACUUCGCCAGCACCAUGAUGAUUGUGGGCUUGUCAGUUGUUGUGACCGUUCUCGUUCUGCAGUUUCAUCAUCAUGACCCACAAGGAGGCAAGAUGCCAAGAUGGGUGCGGGUGAUCCUGCUGAACUGGUGCGCCUGGUUCUUACGCAUGAAGAAGCCAGGCGAGGACAGGAAAGCCAACUACAAAUACGACCACUCUCCUGUUCAUCACGCCAGCGCCGGCAGUAUUCAGAUGGGGGUGAUGGGCGGUCAGUCAUCCUCGGCCAACUCCACCACAAACGGUCACAUGAACCUGUAUUUUGGCUAUCACUCCAUCGAUAGUGCUUGCUGCCCACCCAGCAGCGACUCGGGGGUGUCCUGCAGCGGAGGGCGAAUCAGCGGGUCCCCAGAGGAACAGAGGGAGGCGGUUAGGCUAUACACAGGCGAGCAGGAGAUUAAUCGCAUCCUGGCGGAAGUGAUGUACAUCGCUCAACGGUUUCGUGACCAGGACGAGGCGGAGGCCAUCUGCAGCGAGUGGAAAUUUGCAGCUGCCGUCGUCGAUCGCCUCUGUCUGGUGGCGUUUUCGCUUUUCUCCAUUAUCUGCACCUUUACCAUUCUGAUGGCGGCGCCAAACUUCAUCGAAGCAGUCUCAAAAGACUUCACAUAAUCACCAGCAUUGCGUUUUUUGCUUCAUUUAAGUUCUUUUGGUAAACAUGUUAAACAUGUAAAAUGGCACCAUGUGAUGAGCGUGAAAUUAUUAUCUACUGUACCACCAAAGUUGAUUCCUUCCAACUCUAAUUGUCUCAAUGUGAACAGUUAUUACAAUUAAGAAAAAAUGAUAAAGGAAUGUGUCGAAAUGUGACUUUUCAAACAAGUAAACACAAUUUAUUGGGUUGAUAUUUUGUGUCUUUAUAUACUGGGCACUUGGGUUGGUUUAUGUAAAAAAAAGGUUAACCGAGUGUUCUAGCACUGCAUAUUCACAACAAUAGUUCAAAAUGUGUCUGUCAGGCUUAUUUUUUGGAAAUACACACAUUAAUGUAUUAAUCCCAUGUAAGCAAUUCACUGUUUUUUUGGCAUUAACAAUAUGUUGACAUUAUUAUAUUGUUUAGAUUUGUAUCUAAAACGGAUUUGUAGCAAAUGUUUCCUUACCAAAGCAGCAAUAACAUUCAAGAUAGAAUUUACAAAAAUGCUGUCGGUUUUAUCAUAUUGUCAUAUUUACAUAAACCUUACAGUUGUUAGUGUGUGUUUUAACUCUCACGUGUGUCAGUUUUCACGUAA